AUGAACGUCUUUGCGAUUGGAGCGUCCCGAAAUAUAGGCUACUAUGCUUCCGUGAGGCUACUUGAGAAAGGAGCGACCGUGACCUUCCUUCUGCGCUCACUGUCCGUCUUCAACGAAGACAAGGUGAUUCAGAAGUUUGUCGAAGCAGGCACUGCGCGGCUUGUCAAGGGUGAUGCACUCAAUCCGGAUGAUGUCCGGAAGGGGUGGGAGGCCUCACAAAGUGCCUUCCCUGACGGACACGUCAAUCUAGUUCUCUUCACAGUCGGAGGAACGCCGUCAUUCUCCCUCACUCGCGGGGCGGUGAUCAACCCACCGAAUCUCUGCACUAAAUGUCUCCUAACUGUCCUGUCCACCAUGCCUGCGUCCCUGCGCGAGCCUGCUGCACAGCCACGUCUCGUCGUAGUCACGUCUAAUGGACUGACACGUUCUACACAUGCUGCGCUCCCCAUACUCCUGAAGCCGAUGUACGGCUAUCUCCUAGACGGCCCUCAUGCGGACAAGUUAGCUACAGAGCGUGUUCUCGCACACUGCGCAGGCAGGGCAUGGACGGAUGAGGAGCCCCGCGAGGGAUUUUUGUCGGCGGACUGGCAAAAGCAGGAGGGUCUACCACAUCCUGGCGAGCUAAAGCAUUUCGCAGUCAUACGCCCGGCACUGCUUACAGAUGGGGCCAGCAAAGCUGAAAGUGCCCAGAGACCGCCGUAUCGAGUGGAAGAGGGCAUGCUGAAGCAGGCGUACAGGGUUUCUAGGAAAGAUGUUGCACACUUUCUAGUGGAGAGUCUGCUUCCAGACUGGACACAAUGGGAGGGAAAGUUUGUGUGUAUUGCAUAUUAG